AUGUCGCUGUCGCAGAAGCUGACGCUGGACCAGCUGGACGUGAAGGGGAAGCGGGUGCUGAUGCGGGUGGACUUCAACGUGCCCAUGAAGAACGGCCAGAUCACCAACGCGCAGCGCAUCCGCGCCGCGCUGCCCAGCAUCCAGCACUGCCUGGAUAAGGGCGCCCAGGCCGUGGUGCUCAUGAGCCACCUGGGCCGCCCCGACGGCCUGCCCAUGCCGGACAAGUACUCGCUGCAGCCCGUGGCGGCCGAGCUCAAGGCCCUGCUGGGCCGGGACGUGGUGUUCCUCCGCGACUGCGUCGGGGCCGAGGUGGAGCAGGCGUGCGCCAGCCCCGCGCCGGGCACGGUGCUCCUGCUGGAGAACCUGCGCUUCCACGUGGAGGAGGAGGGCAAGGGCCAGGACGCGGGCGGCGGCAAGGUCAAGGCCGACCCGGAGCGGGUCAAGGCCUUCCGCGCCUCGCUCUCCAAGCUGGGCGACGUGUACGUGAACGACGCGUUCGGCACGGCGCACCGGGCGCACAGCUCCAUGGUGGGCGUGGAGCUGCCCCAGCGCGCCGCCGGCUUCCUCAUGAAGAAGGAGCUCGAGUACUUCGCCAAGGCGCUCGAGAAGCCCGAGCGGCCCUUCCUGGCCAUCCUGGGCGGGGCCAAGGUGGCCGACAAGAUCCAGCUCAUCCAGAACAUGCUGGACAAGGUCAACCACAUGAUCGUGGGCGGCGGCAUGGCCUACACCUUCCUGAAGGUGCUGCGGAACAUGGAGAUCGGCGCCUCCCUGUUCGACGAGGAGGGCGCCAAGAUCGUGAAGGACAUCAUGGCCAAGGCGGACAAGAACGGGGUGACGAUCACCUUCCCCGUGGACUUCGUCACGGGCGACAAGUUCGAAGAGGGCGCCAAGGUGGGCCAGGCCACGGUGGAAUCGGGCAUCCCCGCCGGCUGGAUGGGCCUGGACUGCGGCCCCGAGAGCAUCAAGAAGAACGCCGAAGUGGUGGCCCAGGCCAAGAUGAUCCUGUGGAACGGACCCGUGGGGGUGUUCGAGUGGGACGCCUUCGCCAAGGGCACCAAGGCGCUCAUGGAUGAGAUCGUGAAGGCCACGUCCCGGGGCUGCGUCACCAUCAUCGGCGGUGGGGACACGGCCACGUGCUGCGCCAAGUGGAACACGGAAGAUAAAGUCAGCCACGUGAGCACCGGAGGCGGGGCCAGCCUGGAGCUCCUGGAAGGGAAGGUCCUCCCCGGCGUGGACGCCCUGAACCGUGUGUAA